AUGAGUAAUCGAAAUAAGAGUUUGACAGAGAGGAAAAACUCUAAAAGUAAAUGUAAGACUGCGAUCUCUUAAAGAAAAAACUCUGAUAGCGAAGAUUAUAAUUUCUAUUAAGAAUUCUAGUUAUUCUAUCCCUAAGCUCAGGGGAUUAAGUUUACGAAAUUUGAAUAUAUGAAAGAGUUCUUUAAUUUGGGCAUCUCUGAAUUUCCCUCAGAUUAAGAGAUCCAAAGAAUUUAACAAGAGAUUCUAACUACCAGUGGGUGGAAUUCAAACCUUAAGAAAAAUUGGACGCUCAAUGAAAAGAAGGUGCUUAUUUGGCUUAUUGGGAAAUUGAGCAUUUUGCGAAAUGAAGACAUUAGAGAUCUAUCAGCUGAAUUGUUUGAGGAGAUUUCAAGGAUGAUUUGUAGGAGAGAUAAAGAUUAAUGCAAGCAGAAGUGGUCUCAAAUGCAAAAAAUCGCAUUGCAAUAACAACCUUUCAAACCAGAUGAAGAUAAAAAAUUAUAUGAGAUCAUUCUACAAUAUUAAUCAGUUGAUAUGGGAUAGAAGUGGAGUUAAAUAGCGCAGGAAUUGAACCAGCAUACAAACAUAUACAGAUCCAGUAAAUAAUGCAGAGAGAGAUGGCUUAAUCAUCUGAAUCCAAAGAUUUCAAAGUAAUUUAAAAAUAUUCAUUUCUCUUUUAGACAACCUUGGACAGAUGAGGAAGACAUUUUAUUACUGAAUCAUGUGAAAGAUUAGGGAAGAAGAUGGGCAGAGAUUUCAAAGAUUAUGGAUGGAAAGAGAAGUGAAAAUAAUCUAAAAAAUCGAUUUAAUAGUUUAAUUAAAAGAGAAAAGGACUUGCCAGUGAUGUAAGUUCUUUUAUUAAACUUCUUAUAGUCACACUUAAGAUGGAUCAGCUACUCAUUUGGAUGAUUUAUUGUCAGGUUGCACUGGACCUGAAAUAACUGACCUACAAAGAUAAGCUAUUGAUGUCUUGCUGUCGAAAUUGAAAUGGAGGAGUGCAGAGGGCUAGAAUAAGAAUACAAGGAAAAAAUCCAUAGAACUCAAUGAAAAUGUAGAUGAUUAAGUAAAGCGACAAUUUUAAUAGCGAGCUUAGAUCACAACCCCAUACACUGUAGGAAAUAUAGAAUCGGAAUCUAAUAUCAUGGAACUAACUCCUUGUUUAGUUAAUGUGAGUAAAAACAUUAUUUACUUCUGCACACAAGAUACAUUGAUUUAGUAUUUGGGUUAUCAUUAAUAGUAACAGCAAUAAUUCAAAGAUCAAUUCGAUAAAAUUAAGAGUGAAUUAUGCGCCUUUGAUCUGGGCUUUCAAAAUUUCAAGUCCACUCUCAGCAUGAUUGAAGAGAUUGAAGAGCCUCUCAAAAGUUUAUCAUACUUGUAACCUAAUGAUUUGGACGGAUUCUUAAAUUUAGAAACACCAGAAACGGUAUCCAAACCAUUAUAUGUGAAUUCCCUUGACAUGAUCACCAAUUCGGCUAUCAAAUAUCUGUAGCGUUGGAAAACUGAGUGUUAAUUCAAUGAUCGGCGCAGAUCAAGUAUAGCAAUACCGAGAUCACUUCCGAAUUUGAUAUAAAUUUAAUAAUGAAAAAGA